AUGGAUAAAAGGAAGCUUGGACGGGGCUUGAGGAUUCAUCGUGGGGGGAGGGGUACAAAGAGAUUUUUUCGAGUGUUUUUGGUUUUCGUGGCAUUUUUUUUACUGCUGUUUUUUAGAUUUGAGAGGCGUGGUCCCACCAUGGAAUUGGAAGAUGCAGACGGCAUUCUUCAGACGAUACCGGUAUUUUCUUCGAAGGAUCUUCCGGCUGCAAAUAUACCAGUGGACAUUGCUACUAUUUUUGUAUCCAUUGCGGCCUUUCGAGACAAGGAAUGUGUCACUACACUAGAGAGUCUCUUUACCCGCGCGAAGAAUCCUCGGAGAGUGUAUUUGGGUAUCAGUGAGGAGCGAUUUGAAAUGGAUAGCAGUUGCAUUGCUUCACCGGAGGUGCUUAAGAACAUUGGUGUGACUCGCUCUCGUAAACUUCACUGGAAGGAUGUUGUUCCCUUUGCCUACAAUCCCACAGACAAGCAGAAAUAUCCCAAGCACACACCUGUGCUGCAUGCAAAACGCGAUGAGGAUGUCAUCACGUGUCUACUCAGUGAAGGUUCUUCCGACGCAAUGCCCGGCCCUGGUGAAUCUGUUUUGAACGGAUGUCAGGUCUUGACACGCAUUGGACACCCGGAUGAUGCACGAGGCCCGACUUACGGUCGUUACCUAACAAGUCUCUUCUACAAUAACCAGGAUUACUAUAUGGUGAUUGACAGCCAUUCAAGAUUUGUGCCUGAGUGGGAUAUAAAGAUGAUUGAACGUGCGCGGCUUAUGCCCACUUGGGGCGUAAUGUCGUACUACCCGAAUGGGUACACACCGGAGGAUCCAGAUGCGGAGAUCAACAAGACGGAUGUUAUGGCCAUGUGUAAGGGGGUUAUCUUAGAUAAUGACAUUCCAAAGUUGGGGGCGCGGUGGAUUGAUAUAAGGGACCAUCCUGUUCUCCAAGGCUUUGUAGCUGCUGGAUAUAUUUUUGGGGAUGCGCAGUUUGUGAAGGAUGUCCCUUUUGAUCCGUAUCUUCCAUUUUUAUUUGAUGGAGAGGAGAUUCUGUACACUGUACGCCUGUGGACAAGCGGGUGGGACAGUUACUGUCCUGGCACGGCAUUUCUUUUUCAUAACUACAUGCGAACCGAUGCGCCGAGGUUUUGGUCCGUCUUGACAAGAGAUGAGGUGAAGGUUCAUCGGGAAUUUGAACGGCAGACCUCCAUAAAACGUGCGUUGUAUUUAAUGCGGCGGAAUGUCUUGAACUCCACCCAACCCGUUGUGACGGAAGAUGAGGCGCAUCGAUUGAACCCGGCGAUUGGACGUGAGAUGGAACACUUUGGAUUGGGGAUGUUGCGACGCAUUUCCGAUUACUGGCGUUUUGUGGAACUUAGUGAUGAGUUUGUGAAGGAAAAAGAUGAUGAGAAUCGCUGGAAGGGUGGUGAAGGGCUCUGUGAAAAGGCAACACUUGGAUAA